AUGGCGGCACGUUUGAGUGGUGCAACAGCACGAGUUGUGAAAGGAGUGAUGCGAAGGACUCCGCCAAGAGCUGCUUUGACGCUCACUCCAGAAGCAGUAGAGCGAGUGAAGGUCCUAUUGCAGAAGGCACCUGAUAUGAAGGCUUUAAAGAUUGGCGUUAGGCAACGUGGCUGUAGUGGUUUAACGUAUACGUUGGAUUAUGCAAAAAGCAAAGCUAAAUUUGAUGAAGAAGUCAUACAGGUUCGAUUCUAG